GAAGCCGCAGAGGGAGGCAGAUUUGUGUUAGAGUCAUGGUUGACUUUGACUGCUUCCAGUUUUCGUGUUCUUCCGGGUUUUAUUGUCUCACACCCUGCAUCCAACUUACCACCAACCCAACAGUAUAUCCGAUUUAACAGUCGAGUCUCUUCUGCAGCAUAGCCUCCUUUCGAGCUCAUCAAAUCCGAACGACCCAGCUUACCGUUGAACAUCAUCAUGCCAGACGGUGCUCGCUAUACUUUCAGACCCUCACCUCGAGUGAUGCUGACAUCUACGGCACCCAAAUGUCCGACUUGCGAUCGCUCUGUUUAUGCUGCCGAGCAGGUGAUGGGCCCUGGCGGCGCACCGUAUCAUAAGCCAUGUCUCAAGUGUACUAGUUGUGGGCGUACAUUGGAUGCAGUGAACUUGUUCGAGCAUGAUCAUGUCCCUUAUUGCAAAAUGUGCCAUUCUAAAGCAUUCGGAACUAAAGGUGUUGGUUAUGGCAAUGCUGUCGUGGGUGAAUACGAGAUGAUACCCGGUCGCACAUUAUCGCCUGCACCAACGUCGCCUAGAUCGCCGCCAUCUUACCAAGUGGCUAAACCAUCAGCAAUAUCAUCACCUUCGUCUCAUCACUCCCCCGCCUCUUUCUCACUCGAUCCCGAUCGAUCGGCAAACUUUUCUUCACCGCCAAGCGAUGCCUUUAACCGGCUAAGUCUUCAUGGCAAUUCACAGCAUGUCUCAGUAGGAAAAGGUCUACAGAAAGAUAAGAGGCUCAUUAAGGAUGAUGAUUUCGAUGCUCCUAUGUAUUCACCUUCGCUUCGGCCCCAGACCACCACUCGCGACAUCUCACCACCUCGCCCAAACAAUGACCACAUCCUGGGUUCCGAAAUCGAUCCUACGGCAAAAGGACAUCAACCCAUACUUAAGCAAGUGGCGGAAACAGAUGAUCAAGAUCAAUCGGAUUCGAGUGACUUUGAGCCUCCUGCGAUUCCCUUCCCGCAUAUAAUUGUCAAAUCCGCUGGCUCCUUAUCUCGUAAUUCUUCAGUUGGUACCCCCGCACGUCCCGAACCAACCGAACACCAACGCUUCAAGCAAGACAGGCCGAUCUCAUCCCAGACAUUGCAGCGAUCUGCCUCUACCACAUUGGUUUCGCCACCCAAUCUACCCCCAAGAACUUCUGCAAGACUACUCGAUCAGUCUGGGCCACCACCACCAACUCCACCCAAGACUAGCAGUGUCAAGUCUUCACAUCAGCUUACUUCCAACUUUAUCGGAAGAUCCGUAAGCAUGAGAAAUCCAACCUCUUCAAGUCCAUCACCGAGCAAAUGGUCGAUCAAAACUGCCUCGCCACCGGCUACUGGAUCACCUUUGGUUCUCAACCUGAGCUCUCAAGAUGGACCAAAAGUUUGUCCAAGGUGUUCAGGCACAGUCUAUCACGCUGAGCAAGUUUUAGCCUUGGGAAAGAAAUGGCAUAAGCGAUGUUUGAGGUGUUGUAAGUGUAGUAAGGCGUUAGAUGCCACUAUGUGCGAGAGAGAUGGAACACCGUAUUGUUCGAGGUGUUAUGAUCAAGCUUUUGGAAUAGAAUCACAGGGCUUUGUGGUGCGACCUGGUUUUGUUGGACGUUGAAUUGCGCAUGAUCUUGCAAAAACCAGAAGCAAAGCGCGGCGCACAGGGAGCAAGCCAAACCUGUUGAUUUACUUGAAUUUAGAUAUAUAUAAUGUUAUACUUGAAAUUUAUUUAACAACUGCGGUCUGUACACUGAAAGUAAGAUGUAUUCUAUCGAAUAGCAUGUUUUUUGUUUUUCUUCUGUCUGUUUAGUUAUCUUAUUGUCAUCUUGAGUCUUCUCUUGAAAUGUAUGUUAUCUAUUCACAUAU